AGGAGUAGGUGGCAGGACAGGCGAAUUGGCAGGCUACAUUCCAGCACAGGUGACCGUGCCCCUACUCGAAAACUAUAUGUUAUCUGUGGUUGCUUGGCAUUUAUUUGGUUCGGCGUGUGGGAAUAGUUGCACGUGGGUUGUAUUUCAUAGGAAUUACAAGAAAUGGUAUUUUUUACUUGUGCACACUGUGGGGAGUCACUGAAGAAAGCUAAAGUUGAGAAACACUACCAGACUGUUUGUUCUAGAAAUGCUGUUGCUGUAACGUGUGUAGACUGUUGCAAGGAUUUCAGUGCUGAUACAUACCCGGCACAUAUAAAGUGUGUUUCUGAAGAAGAAAAGUACUCGGCAAAGGGCUUUGUACCACGUCCCUCUGCAAACAAAGGAGAACGUAAGCAAAAAAAAUGGCAAGAUAUUAUAAAUUCUAUGCAAGAAACCCAGAACAGUCUUUCCCAUGAUGAGCAAGCAAUCCUGAAUGUCGUUGUGAAACAUGAAAAUGUUCCUCGAAAAAAAAUCAAAUUCCAGAACUUCCUGAGAAACUGCUUGAAAAGCCAUUAUAAUGGACGAGCAGCAGAUAGUUUUUUCGAUAAGAUGGAGGCGCUUAGUAAGGAGGAGGAACUCAAUAAGGAAGACGACAAGAAACGUGCUAAGAUUAAUAAGGAAGCUGAAAAGGAGAACACCAAUACUGUUGAUGUAAAAGAAAAUGAUGAUGAACCCAGUCAAGAAGAACAGGUAGAUGAGAAGCUUAGUAAGAAGGAAAGGAAAGAAAGGCGAAAAAAGGCAAAGUAUGAAGCAGAGUUAAAGGAGAUAGAGGGUAAUCACAUGAGUGAGGCAGAUGUGGAGAAUAAAGAUGAGAGUAGAAACAAGAAAAAAUCUAAACGAGUUACAAGUGUAUCAACAGAAAAUGGAAAUGUAGAACUGGAGGAGAAAUCAAGGAAGAAGCACAAGGGAAAUGUAUCUGGGGCAGAAAAUGGUGUUUCAGAGGAGACUGAAAUGUCACAAGGGCAGAUUUCAAAGAAACGCAAGAAAGAGUCGAUGACAGAGGAUGCCAUUUCAGAAGACUGUGUGGUGAAAGAUAGAAAGAAAUCAAAGAAGAAACAGAAGAAAGAAGCAGGUGCUAUAGAUAAUGAGGAUGCCAACAGAUUUGAGGGUGGCAAAUCCAAGAAAAAACGAAAGAAGGGUCAGGAUGAAGCAGAGGAUAUAUGUGGAGAGCAAUCUGCUAAUAAAAAGCUAAAAACAAAUGACACUGAGGAAGAAGCUAUCCACACAGCAUCAGGGAAAACCAAGUUUAACUUGCAAGAAAUCAUCAUAAAAGCUUUGGAGUCAAAGGACAGUAAGGAAUUGCCUUUAAAGAGACUGCAGAAAAAGGUACUUGCAGAGUAUGAAGCCAUGGGUGAUGGUAGUGCAGGAGAUGUAAAGAUGAUUGCCAGAUUUAACAAAAAAGUGCAUAAAAUACCUGGUGUGGUUGUACGCAAAGAAGUUGUCAAAUUAUUACAGUAAUUAUUACAGACAUAAUGACUGUUAUGACUGCGGUUGCUGGCUGUAUCCUUUAGACAUUUAAGCAGUGUGAGGUGAUGUGGAUAUAUGCAUUAGAAAUUUUUUUUCUGAGCAGGCCACAACUUUUAAGACCAACCAAAAACCAAAGCUGUUUGGUGCGUGAUUUGAGGCUUCAGUGCCUGAAUCUUGAAAUAUUGCAGUAACCCAUACCUAGAAGUAGAGAGCUUCUAUGUUGAUAACAUUAAACCUGUCUGAGGAAGCAUAAAAGUUUUUAAACAUAAAACAAAACAUAUUUUAACAGAGUUGAUUGAAAGUAAAAUUGUCUAAGUGAGCGAAUAAAAUAAAAUAAAACAUUCAAUAUUCUUAUUUUUACCUGCCUGAUAAGUGUACUAAUAAAAUGUUUUGAAAGUGUUACUGUAGGUGUGUAACAAGACGUCAGUGCUGUCUGAUGGCCAUUGAUUUUAAUGUCUUCUUCAUGAUCUAGUGUGAGCAAAGUAUAUCUCGUGGGUCCAUCGAUGUCUGUCAGUAAUUUUUCCCUCCAAGCAACUAGGCAACAUUAGUACUGUAGGCCUGCACUAAAAGUGGUUAGGUGAAUUUAAUUGUGUACUUGUUGAUCAAAUACUUUAUGUGAAGCUCAGAUUGAACUUCGUUUUUCUCCAGAAAAACUCAUUGUGCAGUAUAUUGCUGGUCGACAUAAAGUGUACAAAAUCUGUCAAACUGCAACUUUUAUUUUAAACUUUUUGUAAUGUUUAAGGAAUUAAGUAAAGUAAAUGAAACGC